AUGGGUUCUAUCGACGAUACACUCAAUGGAAGCUGCGGCCACAUCGUCUCCCAAGCUAAUGGACCUGGGCAAUGCAGUAUUCCAUGCCAAAAGGGCCAUCCCUGUCUUAAAGACCUUGGUAUACUGCAAAGAACUCUGGCCCCAACCACAACGGCAGACCUGUUCAAAGCAGAUUGCUAUGGCCAAAAGCCAAAAUCAGGAAUUGAUGUUAGGAAGUUUCUCAGUCGCGAAGGACGCGUUCGACAGCCAUCGUCUCUAAAGGCCAGUGUGGCGGAGUUGGGUGAAGAUAUGAUCAGUUUGGGCACUGGCCGUCCAUCUCCAGACACAUAUCCGUUUGAGAGUAUGAAGUUUGCAUAUUCUUUGCCCAAUGCUACUGCUUGGACUGCCCAGCCUGUCAAGAUUAACGGCUCCGAGGGGAAGCAGGAACCAGCGGUGGUACGCAAGCAAGAUCCGUUGGCUUCGAUCGAUUUGUCAAUUGCAUUGUCUUACGGCUAUUCUCUUGGGUGCGAACAACUCAUUCAAUACCUUGCCACCCACGUCUCUCAUGUUCAUUCUCCACCCUAUUCAGACUGGGAGAUCUGUCUCACUGGAGGGAACACAAUGGCAAUGGAGACUGCUUUUCGCAAUUUCACAGACCCCGGUGAUUUUGUCCUGGUGGAAGAAUACACCUAUUCGGGGAUGAUAGAGGCAGCGACACCAUUGGGCUUGAAGUUGGUCCCUGUGGCAAUGGACGGAGAUGGAUUGAGUCCCCAAUCUCUGAACAACAUCCUCUCCACGUGGAAUGAAUUCCAUCCGGGAAAGCCGGCACCGCGGUUGUUAUACACGAUACCGACUGGACACAACCCCACCGGUAUAACUCAACCCCGGCAUCGGCGGCAGGAGAUAUUGAAUGUUGCUGAGAAACACGACAUCAUGAUUCUCGAAGACGACCCGUACUAUUACCUAAAUUUUCCCCAGGACCGUGGAGAACCAGACACAAUCGCCCUCCCGUCUUACCUCUCGCUCUCCAACACCGGACGCGUGAUCAGGCUCGACAGCACGUCCAAAAUCCUUGCGCCGGGACUCCGGCUGGGUUGGCUAACAGCGCCUAAGUCGGUAGUCGAGACAUUUCAAGCCGCCCACGACCUAGGAUUUAUCCACCCCAGCGGCCUCAGUCAGUUGGUCGUGUACAAGCUAGUAUCGGAGACAUGGGGACACGAUGGAUUCCUGCAUUGGCUGAAGGCGUUGGCGGGCAACUACCAAGAGAGAGCCUCAGCAAUGCUCAAAGCUAUGGAAGUGGAGCUGGGAAGGGGAGUCCUGGCAGAUAUAUGCUCUUGGAGCGACAUCCGUGCGGGCAUGUUCAUCUGGCUCAGGGUCGACUGUAGCAGGCUGACAGACAUGGCCCGCACCCCAUUGGAUGCAGAAGCAAGGCGCCAAGCACUGUUGAGCAUCGAGGACAAGAUCUACAUGGAGGGGUUGAAGGAAGGAGUGCUACCCUGUAAAGGCAGCCUCUUUCGAACACCCACAAUGGCCGGCACCGGUGUUGUCAAGAGUAAAGUACAACCUGAAAGCGAGCCUGGAAGAUCUCUAGACAAUGACGGAAAUGCUGUCUUCUUCCGCCUCACCUUUGCAUCUGCCGACGAGGCAAGUCUUGUCAGGGCAGUUGGACGGCUGGGCGUAGCGCUCCGCAGAAUAUUCACCCCGGUGUCCGGGGAAGGAACGCCAGAGACAUCUUGUGCCUAG